UAUAUAAAUAUGUUGGCUCGUUUCUUAAUCUAGUGUAAUCAAGCCAUGUUUGUUUCCAACUCGUUACUUGGCGAUUUGAUCGCUCUUUUUGUAACUCUUGGGGUGCUCCUAACUUUUUAUUUCAAAUGGACUUACCAGUACUGGACCAGACGUAACGUCCCUCAAAUUGACCCUCACAUACCUUUUGGAAACAUCUCUGAGUCAAUCAAGGGCCGAGAGAUUGUGGGAGUGACAUUCAAGAAAAUCUACCAACAACUCAAAAGUCAAGGGUGCAGACAUGGUGGCAUUUACAUUUUCACACAACCAUCGUAUUUUCCCAUUGACUUGGAUUAUAUUCGUAAUAUUUUGACGAAAGAUUUUCAAUAUUUCGUCGAUCGGCCCUUUUAUGUCAAUGAGAAAGAUCCACUCCAAGCACAUCUCUUGAAUUUGAGUGGCACUAGGUGGCGCAAUAUGAGGUCCAAGUUGACUCCAACUUUCACCUCAGGUAAGAUGAAACUGAUGUUCCAUAUAAUGGCAGAAAGUCAGAGCGAUUUACUGAAACGAAUGGAUAAAGAAGCUGAGUCACUUGAACCGAUCAAUAUCAAAGAGGUUUUGGCAUGUUUUACUACAAAUAUCAUCGGUUCCUGUGCUUUUGGACUCGACUGUAAGGCUCUGGAAGAUGAAAAUUCUCCGUUUCGUCAGUUUGGGAAAAAAUUAUUUAAGAUAUCAGUUCUCCACCGCUUGAAACGCACCUUUGCUGCGACUUUCCCCGACUUUGCAAAGUUUUUACGGAUGUCAAACAGUCGGAAAGAAAUCGUCAAGUUUAUUAUGGACAUGGUAGAAGGUACGAUUGAAUAUCGAGAGAAAAACAAUUACUCCAGAAACGAUUUUAUGCAACUUUUGAUCGACAUGAAGAACAACAAACCAAAGGGCGAUCACGAUGGCAAACCCUUGACCCUUGACGAAGUCGCAUCUCAAGCUAUAGUUUUCUUUGCUGCAGGUUUUGAAACUUCGUCAACUCUCAUGACUUUCGCCUUCUACGAACUUGCCAAAAACCCUCACAUCCAAGACAAGUUGAGAGAGGAAAUUAAUUUAAUUCUGGCAGAACAUAAUAAUGAAAUUAGUUAUGACGCCAUCCAAGAAAUGAAAUACUUAAGCCAAGUGAUUGACGAGACUUUAAGACUGCACCCUCCAGCAGCACAAACUAGUCGCAAGUGCAUUAAAGAUUACAAAAUUCCGGACCAAGAUAUUACAAUCGAGAAAGGAACAAGUGUUACAGUUUCAAUUCUGGGGAUUCAUCACGACCCGGAUUAUUAUCCGGACCCGGAAAAAUUCGACCCAGAACGAUUCACUGAAGAAAAUAAGAGUUUAAGGCAUAAUUAUGCGUUUUUGCCGUUUGGUGAAGGUCCCAGAAACUGCAUUGGAAUGCGGUUUGGUCUCUUGCAGUCGAAGAUGGGCUUGGUUUCAUUAAUCAAAAAUUAUAAAUUUACAGUGAAUGAAAAGACCAAAGAGCCAAUUACUUACCAGCCAGCGCAUGUUGUUUUGGCUGCUCAGGGAGAAAUAUGGCUCAAUGCCCAAAAAGUAUAAUUUUAUCCUUAUACAAUAGCCAAAUUGUUCAUUAAAAAGAUAAGAAAUAAAAAACACAAGAUUCCCA